AGCACGUGGUCUUUUACGACAACACGUCUGUAGUCAGAUCGGUUUAUGUUAAAGCCGCCAUGUGGCCAGCGCCGCUGAGGACAGUGUCACCGUAUUUCAUCACCAAUAUGUAUGCAUGAAUGAUGUAAACUUUUGAAAUUCAAUAACGAUCUGAAGCUAUCUCAAUGGAAGCACUAGCUGAAAGAAAAAGUACUGCUAAGCUGACAGAGCUUCUGCAGAUCGAGAGAAGAGUUCAGAAGAAGUGGGAAGAUGAGAAGGUGUUUGAAGAGGACGCGCCUCUCCCAGGCACCAAGGAAGCAUCCCAACCAAAAUAUGUUGCCACAUUUCCAUAUCCAUAUAUGAAUGGACGACUUCAUUUAGGGCAUACAUUCACUAUAUCGAAAGCUGAAUUUGCUGUUGGAUAUCAGAGACUUCAAGGCAAGAAAUGCUUGUUCCCGUUUGGUCUUCACUGUUCUGGAAUGCCAAUAAAGGCUAGUGCUGACAAGCUUACAAGGGAGAUGGCAGAUUACGGCUAUCCUCCAGAAUUCCCACCAGAAGAAGAGGAAGUACAAGAAGAGGAGAAAGAAAUCACGAUCAAAGACAAGUCUAAGGGCAAGAAGACAAAGUUGAAGGCCAAGACGGGAGGAAUGAAAUACCAAUGGCAGAUCAUGAAGUCAUUGGGUCUUAAAGACGAGGAAAUCAGGGAGUUUGCUGACUCCACCCACUGGCUCAAGUACUUCCCUCCCCACUGUAAGGAGGAUCUCAAGAGGAUGGGACUGAAGGUGGAUUGGAGAAGAACCUUCAUCACCACAGAUGCAAAUCCGUACUACGACUCUUUUGUAAGAUGGCAGUUCCUCCGACUCAAAGAGAGAAACAAAAUCAAAUUUGGUAAAAGACACACUAUAUUUUCUCCUAAGGAUGGGCAGCCCUGUAUGGACCAUGACAGACAAAGUGGAGAGGGAGUUGGACCUCAGGAGUACACACUGAUAAAACUGAAAGUCAAUGAACCGUAUCCACCCAAACUCAGCAAGCUGAAGGGGAGUAAGAUUUACCUGGUGGCUGCCACCCUCAGACCAGAGACCAUGUUUGGACAGACCAAUGUCUGGGUCAGGCCAGAUAUGAUGUACAUUGCCCACAGACUAACCAAUGGGGAGAUCUUUGUGUGCACCGCGCGUGCGGCCUGUAACAUGUCCUUCCAGGGCUUUACCAAGGAGGAUGGAAAAGUGGACGUGGUGGCCAAUUUGAUCGGCCAGGACAUAAUGGGCAUUGCUCUGUCAGGUCCACUGACUGUAUACAAGACGAUCUACACACUGCCAAUGCUCAACAUCAAGGCAGACAAAGGAACCGGUGUAGUAACCAGUGUUCCCUCCGAUGCUCCGGAUGAUUUUGCUGCCCUGAGAGAUCUCAAAAACAAACAGCCAUUCAGGGAAAAGUAUGGAAUAAAACCGGAAAUGGUGCUGCCGUUUGAGCCAGUUCCGAUCAUCAAUGUUCCAGAGUUUGGCUCUCUGUCUGCGGUUACUGCGUGCGAAAGACUAAAGAUCCAAAGUCAGAAUGAUCGAGACAAGCUACAGGAGGCCAAGGAACUGGUCUAUCUCAAAGGUUUCUACGAUGGGGUAAUGAUUGUGAAAGGUUUUGAAGGGCAGAAAGUCCAAGAUGUGAAGAAACCGAUUCAACAGAAAAUGGUUGAUGCUGGAGAAGCUAUUAAAUACAUGGAACCAGAGAAGACAGUAAUAUCUCGCUCAAAUGAUGAAUGUGUGGUGGCUUUGUGCGAUCAGUGGUACUUGGAAUAUGGUGAAGAAAAAUGGAAGCAAGGAGCUACAAAGUGCUUAAAUUCCAUAGAAACCUUUUCAGAUGAUGUACGCAAAAAUUUCCACGCGACUCUGGACUGGUUGCAUGAACAUGCCUGCUCAAGGUCUUAUGGACUGGGCUCCAGAAUCCCCUGGGACCCGCAGUACCUGGUGGAGUCCCUGUCUGACUCCACGAUCUACAUGGCUUAUUACACGGUGGCCCACCUGUUACAGGGAGGGGUGUUCGAUGGCAGUGGGAAAAGCCCGGCCAACAUCAAACCAGAGCAGAUGACACCUGAGGUUUGGGACUACAUACUCUACAAGGACACCCCCUACAAGAGCCUGCCCAUCCCUAAGGCUACUCUGGACAAACUGAGGACAGAGUUUCACUACUGGUAUCCUGUAGAUCUGAGGGUGUCUGGUAAAGACUUGGUGCCGAAUCAUCUGACCUACUACAUCUACAACCAUGUAGCCAUGUGGCCGAAGGACAGUUCAAAAUGGCCAAGAGGUAUUAGGGCAAAUGGACAUUUAUUGCUCAACUCAGAGAAGAUGUCAAAGAAUACAGGAAAUUUCCUAACCCUCACGAGCACUGUUGAUAAAUUUUCUGCCGACGGUAUGAGAAUGGCCUUGUCAGAUGCUGGUGACACGGUAGAGGAUGCCAACUUUGUGACUAAGAUGGCUGAUGCAGGACUUCUCAGACUAUAUACUUACUUAGAAUGGGUGAAGGACAUGUUAGCUACCAAAGACAGUCUGAGAACAGGUCCUACCAACACAACCAGUGACCAGAUAUUUAUCAGUGAGAUAAACAAGGCGAUACUAGAAACACAGAACUAUUAUGAGAAGAUGUUAUUUAAGGAGGCCAUGCGGACAGGAUUCUAUGAAUUCCAGGCCUUCAGGGAUAAGUACAGGGAGUACGAGCUGGAGGGGAUGCACCGUGACCUCAUUUUCAGGUUCAUUGAAGUACAGACUCUGAUGUUGAGUCCCAUCUGUCCACAUUUGUGCGAGCACAUCUGGGAACUUCUGGGGAAGCCACGCAGUAUCAUGCAUGAGCGGUGGCCAGUGGCAGGCCCUGUGGAUGAGAAACUCCUACAGAUCUCGCAAUAUGUGCUAGACGCAGCACACGACUUCAGAAUCCGUCUGAAGCAGCUGAUGACGCCGGCAAAGGGGAAGAAAGUGAAGCUGGAGAGAGUCACACAUGGGACGAUAUGGAUCGCGAAAACCUAUCCUCCAUGGCAGAAUACUGUUCUCUCCACCUUAAAGACUCUGUAUGAGCAAAACAAAGGCUUCCCAGAUAUGAAGGUUAUUGCUAGUGCUUUCAAAGACAACGCAGAGUUGAAGAAAUACGCCAAGAAAUUAAUGCCCUUUGUGCAGGUGGCAAAGGGAAAUGUGGAAAAGAAUGGCAUCAAGGCCUUAAAUCUAACAUCUGACAUUGACGAAGUGGAGGUCAUGAAGAAGUUUAAGAAGUAUAUGAUUAGCACUCUUGAUGUGGAGGGACUAGACAUCAGGUAUUCUGAUGAAGCAGACGACAAAGUGAAAGAAGACUGCUGCCCAGGGAAACCAUUCACCACCUUCAGGGAGGAGCCAUCAGUAGCCAUUAACCUAGUGAAUCCCCAGCCAAUGAGUGGACUGUUUGAGAUCAAGUUACCAAUAUAUCAGGGAGAUGACAAAACUGCAGUCAUGACCAGGAUAAUGAAGACGGAUCGCUCCAAAAUGAAAGAUAUUAGUCAAAUCCAGCUUCUGAUGUAUGGGGACCCAGUCUGUGGACCAAGGACAAUGCCGGACAUGAAUGACAUUGAAAAGGGCAAGGUCGUUGUCCCUGACGGUGCUAAAUUUCAAAUUAACAUCCCAGAGGAACAAGUGAUAAUCCAAACCAAUGGGAAGAAGCUAGAUAUAGGUCGGACUAUGGUGUACAUUGUAAACUCUUAACAUAAGGAGGGAAUGUAGUGCAGAGAGUGUCGUGUCUCAAGUCUGACUGGUGUACAUUGUAAACUCUUAACACAUAGUGCAGAAAAUGCCGCGUCAUCAGUGACUAGACGGACAUCGGAAGUGGUACCGAAGUGGUACCGCACUCAUCAAUAGGAGGAGGAAGUGAUUUCGUUUGUUGCUAUAGUUAUGAAGAAUUUUAUGUGAGUGUCGGAUGUCCUGAUACGUAACUUUCGUGGUAUUACAAGUACAGCAAUACAUAUUUAUGAAUAUUUGUGCUUGAAAUAAAUUAUUUUUUGGUGAA